CCGCAUCCAAGUUGUCCGUUUCCCAGGUGUAUAAGAAGCAUCGUUAACUUUAGCUCAUCAUCAGUUAGCCGUUCUACCGUGAGUGAACAACUAUCAGUUUAUUCUAGUGGUGCAUUUGUGUUUAGCUUGUGUUUAAAAUAUCCAGCAUGAUGAAGACACGCUUUGUAGUGUUGGCGUCGCUCGCGACAUUAGCACUGGCAAGACCCGAAGCUGGAUACUCUUACAGCUCACCGUCUUCCUCAGGUGGCUACUCGUCUGGAAGCACCGGCCUGAGCUUCUUGGGCGGCGGUGGCGGCGGUGGUUACUCAAGCGGCGGCUCCGGUGGAUACGCCAGCGGCAGCUCCGGUUACUCCAGCGGCCCAAUCAGCUCCGGUGCAUACUCCAGCGGCCCAGUCAGCUCUGGUGGAUACUCCAGCGGUGGUAGCUCCGGCGGAUACUCCAGCGGUGGUAGUUCCGGUGGAUACUCCAGCGGCUCAAUCAGCUCCGGCGGAUACUCCAGCGGCGGUUCCGGAUACUCCAGCGGUGGUUCCGGAUUCUCCAGCGGUGGCGGAUACGCCAGUGGAUCUGGUUCCGGAUACUCAUCGGGCUACAACUACGCUCCGGCCGCCCCAGUCGUCCAGAAACACAUCUACGUUCACGUUCCACCCCCAGAACAAGAAUACGUCGCACCCCCACAAAUCCAACAGGUCGCCCCACCCCAGAAACACUACAAGAUCAUCUUCAUCAAGGCCCCAACUCCACCAACCCCAACUGCCCCGAUCAUACCACAAGUACAACAAGACUCUGAGAAGACCUUGAUCUACGUUUUGGUCAAGAGGCCAGAAGACCAACCACAAAUCUCCAUCCCGACACCAGCACCAACUACGCCAUCUAAACCGGAAGUAUACUUCAUCAAAUACAAGACCCAAAAGGAAGCCGGUGGUUACGCUGCCAGCUCCGGCCCAUCCAGCUACAGCGGACCCACAUCGGCGGGUGGCUACAGCGGUGACUCAGUCGGACAUUCCGGCAUCUCAUCCCUGUCAUCCAGUGGUCCAGGUUCCAGCUACGCUAGCCCAUCGCCGAGUUACGGAUCCCCAAGCGCCGCCAGCCCAUCAUCCAGCUACGGUGCCCCAAGUUCCAGCGGAUCUUACUAGGGUGCUCAAUACGAACGUGAUUUUAUGAUAUCGUCAUCAUCUUUGCGUACACGCUUCGCACCGGUGGCCGCGGGAAACCGUUGAUUGUUACUUUUCCACGGUCAGUGAAUAUUUCAAGAAGCGUGGCCACCCUCCAAUCAUAAUUCUCCCCCAAACAUCCUCUCCCCGUCCCUCCUUAAUACUACAUCCCUAGACUCAAUUCCGGUGCUCCUCCCUCCCACAAAUGCAAUUGUAACAUAUUAUCCAUGUAAACUAUUUUAUUUGUGUUUUAUAUUUUAUAUAUUUUUUUUAACGAAAAUCGCGAUUUUAUAUUAUAUUUUUAUUAAUGUUUAUUAGUCUCAAGCUCAAUUUUCUAAACGCGUAUUUAUACAAUAUAAUACGCUAUCGUAAUUUUACUAGCUGACUUAUAUAAGAACACAUAAUAUAAUAUUGUUGUCAUGAUUUAUAUAUUAAUACGAAAUAUACAAUUCAAUUUUUUUAUAA